AUGAUGUCAGCUAAUUGCGACAGAAUGGGAAUCUAAAGAUUUAUUCAAAAAAUUAAAAACUUUAGAUGGAUUUUAAUGUUAUAUGAUGAAAUCAGAGACAAUCAGGUAAUUAUUAAGAUGAUUAAUUAGUGGUUCAUGUGA